AUGGCUGAGCCUACCCCCCUCGAAACAUCACCAAGUCUCGAUGUUGAUGCUUCAAAGGCAGUAAAGGCUCCCACCCCUUGCAGGAAAUACCAAGCAAGCCACAUCAUCCUCCACACUUUUCCGGUGAUGGAAGUGUUUGUGGAUCGCCAUGAGCAAGGUACUAUGAUAGAAAUGGACAACGAGGAGCUAACGCUCAAGAAUUUCAACGCCAAAAACUUGAAAUUUGAAGCUUGGCCGAUCGCCCCAAUCCCCGGCCUGCUUACACCUUUCUCACGAUCCUGGCUUGUGCUUGUAAAGCCUCCAAGUGCAUCGGAAGAGUCCAACUUUCCUUCAAUGGCGGACCGAUUCACGAUAGAUUUCCUGAAGGAAAUUGUUCGUGAUGCAGGGACGUUUACCUUAUACCAUCUACCAGCUAGCAGGGUACCUAAUCCCUAUGAGGAAGUUGAGAGCGCAGAGGCGAGGCUCCGCUCUCUUGCGGCUUUCAAAGUUGAGGUUCCCAGGUCUUGGAAAAGCGAUGCUGGGGAUGACCUUGAGCUCAAUCUCAUGGAGGAAUUUCAGGUCGGAAGUUCCAUUGACCAGCUGAUUUCGCUCGACAGUCCUUUUCAGCACAUCAGCAUCCGCUUCCCCACCAACUCUAUUACUUACGACGCAGAGUUGGCAGCCCUUCGGCAUCUGGCAGUGGAGAAGAGAAUUCACGAGCGUCGUCCUUCCGAGAAGUCUCUAUUGGCCUUUCAAACCAUUCUAGACUUUCGGAACACUCCAAAAACUUCUUCCAGUUUGCAUCAGACGUUUCCGCACUUGAAGAAUCCGGAAGAUCCAUGUUUUAAACUUCCACAAGGCCUGGUUGACAAGUUUUUAUCAUUCAACGAUGAUCAUCGCGCGGCUCUUGAAGGCCUGUCUAAUAUUUCAAAUGGACUCUAUUUUGUCAAUGGCUGCCCAGGAGCGGGGAAAACGGAAUGGAAUAUGGUCGUAUCAGCUCUCAUACAAGCAAGACAACGGCCAGGGUCCGCGAGGAAGCGCAGCCCAAUUCUCUUCCUAGUUGAUCUGAACAAGACAGUAGACGACGCUGCCGAUCGAUACUUUCAGCUGUGCCGAUCAUGCGGCCUGAAGAACAAAAUAAUCAGAAUGCACGGCUGGCCAUAUGAGAUGAGCAACAGCAGUAAACUCAACGCAGCGCCUGAACAACAGAUGGUUGAUAACACAGAGACGGAACCGGACCUGAAACAGAGUCAACCCGACUUCACAAAGAAGUUCUUGACAACCUUCCAACUAGCGGUACACAGUGGCAACAAGAGAAAUCAAAACAAAGCUCCUACCCUUGACGAAGCAGCCUGGGAACACUACGAGUACAAGAAGAAGGACUAUUCUGAGCUUGCAGUGUUGCUUGGCCGUAUGGAUAAGGGGGAAGCCUUCAGCACUGAUGACUGGAAGUCGCUUAGAAGAAGAGUAUGUCUUCUCUACCGCGCAGUUCUAUGCCAGGCCGACUUUGUCGCAACGACACCUGUUGCAACGUUCUCUAGCUUUUCUCGGUUGUUCCGCCCCGAGAUAGUGUUCAUCGACGAGGCUCCGCAUGCUCGCGAACUUACUACACUAAUUCCCAUCGCAUUCUUCGAACCCUUGGCCUGGAUCUUCACCGGAGACGUUAACCAAACUGAACCAUUUGUGAAGGGAGGUCACAGGCAGCAGACGGAGAGAGAGGGUCUCAAAUACAAUGCAUUCGCUCGGCAAUUGCGUAUGAGCACGAUGGCACGUGCAGCCAAAGUAGGGGCAAUAGACAGCUGGCUACUCACCAAUACCCGAGCUCAUGGGAAUCUCCAUCGGCUUCCCUCAAAACUAUUCUAUCACGGUAGAAUGGUUUCCAACCACGGAGAAGAAGCCAUGUAUCCCCCCAGUACAUUGCACCUAAAGUCCUACCUCGAGAACUUGGGUACCAAACCUACCACACUCGGUGAAAACCGAAUUGUAGUUGAGCUCAAAGGCAGCCGCGAAGAUGUCUACAAGAGGAGUUACUGGAACCCAGUCAAUCAUCGUUGGAUAUUGGCACAGGUAGAACGGUUGCUCGGAGAUACAAAGUUUACAAGUGUGAUUAAUCAGGAUGCUCCAGGGAGCAUCAUGAUUCAAACUCCAUACAGUACUGCGUUGCGGCAGUAUAAUUCGCACGUAAGGACAUGGCCGGAAUCUUGGCAAAGCAGGGUUCGAGUCUUGACAGUUGACACCGCUCAAGGAAAUCAGGCGGAUGUGGUAUUCCUUGACAUGGUCAGGACUACAAAAGUGGGAUUCAUGGAUGACCCAAAGCGACUGAAUGUCGCCAUUACUCGAGCUAGACAAGCCGAAGUCAUCGUGAUGCACUCGAGGACAAAUUCGUCAUACUUUGCUGGUCAAAGACGAAACUCCCAGUAUACUUCCCAAAUUUGGGAUGAUGCGGAGCAGGGUGGAAGGAUCCUUUUUCUUUGA